UUUCAUUAACGUUCCAGAAGACAUUGAUCAUUCGAAGGGGAAAGAGUUUCUCUUCUUCGCAUCGCGUCAUCAUCAUCAGCAUCAUCAUUCAUCGUUGUAUUAUUAAAUAAUCGAAGUGAUUCCCUCGUCCAUGGGCGACGAGAGGUCGUUGGCUGCGAUGGCGAGCAGAGACUCUAGGGAUCGGGAACUCCUCAUCCCCGUCGGCGGUGACCACGGCGAUGACUCCGAUUCCAAGGCCUCCCCUUCUAACGCCUCGGCUCAUCACCUCCACCACUCCGGCCGCGAGGCAUUUUAUAAAGUUGUUCAUAGCUGGGCUUCCAAGAAGUUCAUGACUGGAGUUGUGAUCUUGUUCCCUAUAGCGAUCACCUUCUACAUCACAUGGUGGUUUAUUCAUUUUGUGGAUGGGUUCUUUUCUCCCAUCUAUGUUCAACUUGGAAUUAACAUAUUUGGACUUGGAUUUGUAACUUCCAUUUUGUUCAUCUUUUUGGUUGGUGUAUUCAUGUCAUCGUGGCUGGGGGCAUCUGUCCUCGGUAUUGGAGAAUGGUUUAUCAAGCGAAUGCCUUUUGCUCGCCACAUCUACAAUGCAUCCAAGCAAAUUAGUGCAGCCAUAUCGCCUGAUCAGAACACACAAGCCUUCAAGGAAGUAGCCAUUAUAAGGCACCCACGUAUCGGUGAAUAUGCAUUAGGAUUUAUCACUUCGGCCGUUGUUCUUCAGAGUUAUUCUGGUGAAGAGGAACUCUGUUGUGUUUAUGUACCAACAAAUCAUCUCUAUGUUGGGGAUAUAUUUCUCAUCAAUUCCAAAGAUGUCAUUAGACCCAAUUUAUCUGUCCGAGAAGGAAUUGAGAUUGUUGUUUCUGUUGGCAUGGCGAUGCCCCAGAUCCUCACAACGUUGGAUUCUCAUGCAAUCCACAUGGAUAGACCCGGAAGUAGCAGAAGCUGAGGCACAUAAAAGUUAUGUUGAUUUUUAACACUCUUAUUUUUUUUGCUAUUACUGAAGGUGGCCUUGUUCAUCCAUCAUGUUUUCAGCUUUUUGUAGUUUGGAUGUUGCAUUGGUCUGCUAGAUUCUGAUCUCUUUUUUCUCAGGCAAUUUGGCUGCAGUGCUUUGUAAAAAAAAAAAUGUAGUGUUUUUGCGUAUACAGGUCACUAUGUAUAGGUGUGAUUGUGGUUUUUCACACUUUUUAUCAUUAAACACACCAUAUAUGCAGACUUAUUUAACUCCGCCCAUUUUACGAAGACGGUGGAUGGGCAUGUUAGAUGUCAGACCAGAGUUCUGCACCAAUCCUUAAAGUUGUUUUAUUAUCAGUAGGAUUUGAAUCCUUUUUUGGUUUUGAACUAGUUAUGUUGUAUUCUUGACAUAACUCGUCUUUUGUUUCUUAAACGAGUGAAAUAUCUCUGCUCUCUUUUGCA